AUGAAUCCACAUCAACAAACACAAAAUACUGAACAAAGUGAAUCAGUAAAUUACUAUUACAAUUCGAACAGUGAUGCAAAUACCACAAGUAAUUCCAUUGCUAGUAAGACAAAUCUCUUUAUGUAUGGUGGAGGUACAUUGCUAUUACUCCUUUCAUUGGCAUUGUUUGGAAUUGGUGCAGUUCUGUAUGGAGUUGUAAAUUCAAUUUCUGUUUCGUAUGUCCAUCAAGGAUGUUGUAAUGUUACUGUUUCUAGUGGUUGCUCUAGUUAUGAUGAUUGUAGCUAUGGUGUUUCUUUUCCAAUACUGGGAAGUGCAAAACUUCAACAAGAUCCUAAAAAAGGAUUUGGAUUAACUUGUUCUGCUGCAGAAAACCAAAUUAUGACAACCACCUUAGUCAAGAAAUACUCUAGCUCCAACACCUUGCCAACAACAACCACAAAUAUUGAUUGUUACACUGAUAAGAAUGAAAAAUUUGUAUCCCUUGAACCGUACAGUGAAUUGUAUACAUUGUACAUAAGUGGUGGAAUUAUUUGUUUAGCCGCACCAAUUCUAUUUUUUGUAAUUAAGGUUGGCUUUAUGUAA